AUGAUGAAACUUGGACUACCCGUAUUAUCCAAGUUUGGAGCAAAUUUGCCCUUCUUUUGGACUAGAACGCAGAAGUUGAAUAUUUCGACACGUCUGUUGAAAGGGGUUAACGGUACGAAGGGAGAGGGAUUUGGAAAAGAGACGAAGAAGGGACAUUUAGAGAGUGAAUUAGAAGGGAAUCCCGAGUUUCAUAGGUUGGCUGAAGAAUACCAUGCCCAUGAUCAUCUCCAUUUGAAAGAUUCUGAAACAGAAAAACCUAAUACUCUCAAUUUGGGGACUAUGGCGACGAGGGUUGGUCAGCAUGCUCAUUUCCAUGCUCACAGUCAUGUGAAUCCCUUACUUGUACUGAGCAAAGAAGAGUUUCGGAAAAAUCCAGGGGUGCGGAUCACUUGGAUUGGGCUUGCUAGUAAUGUUGGACUUGCAGUUGGUAAAUUUGUUGGUGGUGUUGUGUUCAAUUCUCAGGCGUUAAUAGCCGAUGCUGUUCAUGCUCUGAGCGAUUUGGUGUCAGACUUUUUGACACUUUUCUCUGUGUCGUUGGCCUCACGGAAGCCCACAAAGGACUAUCCUUACGGUUAUGGGAAAAUCGAGACAGUAGGUUCGCUGGCAGUGUCCUCGAUUCUAACGAUGGCAGGUAUAUCAAUUGGAUGGUCAUCGCUCUGUGCAAUUUUAGGGCCUUUCGUUCCUCAUGCUAUAUUGGAGGUAUUUACUGCCCACUCUCAUUUACAUAGCCACACGCAGGAUAUUACCAAUAUAAACGCUGCUUGGAUUGCAGGAGGUUCAAUAAUAUUAAAGGAAUGGAUUUUUCGUGCAACCAAGAAGGUAGCAACACAAACCAACUCUAAUGUACUAAUGGCAAAUGCGUGGCACCAUAGAGUGGAUUCUUUGACAUCCCUAGUUGCCCUAGUGACGAUUUCUUCUGCUUAUUUCUUUAACAUGCAAUCUCUAGAUGCAGUUGGGGGUCUCCUAGUUUCUGCCCUUGUUGUUAAUGCCGGAUACAAGGGUAUGAAAAUAUCAGUUAAAGAACUAGUCGAUCAUUCAUUACCACCAACGGACGCCAAAUACUUGGAACUGCAGCAAAUUACUACACAGACAUUGAAUCAGAUGCUCUCAAAUAAUAACGCUAAACGACCAUAUAGUCUGAAGGAGCUCGUUGUGCUAAUGUCUGGUCCAAACGUUCAUUCCCAAAUGGUCAUUGAAGCUCCUCUUCAAAGGUGGGGAAAUGUAUUAUCGACAAGCGAAUUCGAAUUAGUUACCGACCAUGUGCGUUCAGUGUUGUACGAUAAGAUUCCAAAUCUAAAGAAAGUUCAUAUUGAAUUUACUGAAGAAAAGAGUGAAAAUAAAUUACAACAGCAACAAAAAGGCUCUCCAACACAUGACCCCUCCGUAGAACACAAACAUAGUGAUCACUGUGAUGGCCACAGCAACUCACAUUCAGGCUGUAGUCACAUCCAUAAGCACUAA